UUGCACAAAUGCUAACCCAAUCUGUACAACGACAGUUAUCUCUGUGUCUGUGUUAGGUGGUAAGAAAUUGUUAAUAUCAAGAAAUGAGAAUUUGGGUGGAAAGGCUGUUGAGAGAGAGAAAAUGCCCUUUCAUUUUCACCCUCUUGGUCUUUCUCGUUUGUGUGAGCAUCCUCACGUUCACGAAAAACGUAACCUCUAACUUGGAUCCCAUAGGCUUCUAUCUUGAUGUGAAAGCGCAACCUCUGGCACAUUUUUCUUCGCCGGCUCCCAAACGCCAAAGAUUGCCACUCAAGGGAGAGCCUUUCUUGGAUGAUGCAAACAUUGAUUGGAAGCUUUGUAAGGGUCACUUCGCUUUCGACUAUGUACCCUGUUUGGAUAACCUUAAGGUAAUUAAAGCUCUCAGGACAAGGAGGCACAUGGAACACAGGGAAAGACACUGUCCUAAUUCUCCUCUCCACUGUCUGGUGCCCCUUCCCAGAGGCUACAAACUCCCCCUUCUGUGGCCUAAGAGCAGGGACAUGAUUUGGUAUGAUAAUGUCCCUCAUCCGAAGCUGGUUGAAUACAAGAAGGAGCAAAACUGGGUGGUGAAGUCCGGAGAUUAUCUCGUCUUUCCCGGAGGUGGUACUCAGUUUAAAGAAGGUGUUAACCAUUAUACUGAAUACAUAGAGAAGACACUACCGACAAUUCAAUGGGGAAAGAAUAUCAGGGUUGUUCUUGACGUUGGUUGUGGAGUUGCUAGCUUUGGUGGCUAUCUUAUGGACAAAAAUGUUAUUACUAUGUCAUUUGCACCAAAGGAUGAGCAUGAAGCUCAGAUACAGUUUGCAUUGGAACGAGGAAUUCCUGCAACUCAUUCUGUUAUUGGAACUCAAAAGUUGACAUUUCCUGAUAAUGGAUUUGAUUUGGUACACUGUGCAAGAUGCAGGGUGCAUUGGGAUGCAGACGGUGGGAAACCGUUGUUUGAGCUGAACAGGAUUCUUAGACCUGGUGGUUUCUUUGCUUGGUCUGCAACACCAGUUUAUCGCGAUGAUGAAAGAGAUCGCAAAGUAUGGAAUGCCAUGGUGACAGUAACAAAAGCAAUGUGCUGGAGUGUUGUGGCUAAGACUCUGGACUCAUCUGGUAUUGGGCUUGUUAUAUACCAGAAGCCUAACUCAUCUUCUUGUUAUCAGGAACGCAAAGAGAAUACUCCUCCUUUAUGUGAAUAUAGCGACAAGAAAAGCAUCUCAUCCUGGUAUGCCAAACUCAGUGGUUGCCUCAUUCCACUUCCAGUUGAUGGUAAGGGUAACAUUCAGAGCUGGCCAAUGUCUUGGCCCCAAAGGCUUACUGGUAUACCUCCAAGCUUAUCGAGUGAAUCAGAUGUCACUGAGAAGUUCUUGAAUGACACCAAGCACUGGUCUGAACUAGUUUCAGACGUUUAUAUAGAUGGUCUUUCUAUAAACUGGUCAAGUAUUCGAAAUGUAAUGGACAUGAAUGCUGGUUAUGCAGGAUUUGCCGCGUCACUCAUUGAUCUACCAGUGUGGGUGAUGAAUGUAGUACCCAUUGACAUGCCAGAUACUCUUACUACUAUAUUUGACCGAGGGCUAAUAGGAUUAUAUCAUGACUGGUGCGAGUCCUUGAGUACAUACCCUCGCACCUAUGAUCUUGUUCAUGCAAGCUUUCUUUUCAAACAUCUUGAGCAAAGAUGUGAGAUUGUAGAUGUGGUUGUGGAGAUAGAUCGCAUACUGAGACCAGAUGGGUAUGUACUGGUUCAGGACACCGUGGAAAUGAUGAACAAGCUUGGUCCGGUUCUGCAUUCACUUCAUUGGUCUGUAACAUUGUAUCAAAAUCGGUUUCUUGUUGGUAAGAAGAGUUUCUGGCGUCCAAGACCUUAGAAUUUUUAACCAUU